AUGGCUUUGAAGUGGGAAGAGAUUGUACGCGCUAGUAGAGAUGAUGUAGAAAUACGACAGGUAAUUGAAGCCCUGGAAUCCGAAUCUGAGGAUGACAUGCCUCUGUUAUUUAUAGUUAUAGUAACCGAACUUUGUCAGUUGGAUGAUGUGUUAUUGAGGAUAGACCGGAUUGUAGUUCCUGAAAGUCUGCGACAGCCAGUUCUACAGAUAGUCCAUGAGGGACAUCCGGGUGUUCGAAUCAGGAAGAGUCACCUACGAACGAAUGUGUGGUGGCCUAAAAUGGACCAGCAUGUCGAAACGUAUGUGAAAGCAUGCCGUGGAUGUGCAUUAGUUGCCACUCCCAAUCUAUCAGAACCGACGGUUAGAAAGAGCCUUCCCUCCGCCCCUUGGGAACAAAUUGCUGUGGACUUUCUAGGUCCGCUUCCGGACGGCGAGAAUUUGCUGGUUUGCAUUGACUUUUACAGUAGAUUCAUAGAAGUCGUCGAAAUGGAUAAUAUUACUACAGCAUCAACUAUUAAAGAGCUUCCGACCAUUUUCUCGCGUUAUGGAGUUCCAAGGCAAUUGCGUGCGGAUAAUGGGCCCCAGUUUUCUUCUGAGGAGUUCGAGACAUUCUGUGAUGAAUAUAGUAUUCAUCUGGAAAGUACUAUUCCGUAUUGGCCACAGAUGAACGGGGAAGUCGAACGACAGAACCGUUCUAUUUUAAAACGGCUCCGUAUAGCACAGGAACUGGGACAGGACUGGCGGAAGGACUCUUCGAAUCACUCUACCACAGGCAAGGCACCUGCCGAGCUAAUGUUUGGCCGCCAAAUGCGCCAAAUGCAAGCUGCCAACCGUACCCAUUUUCACGUACGAUGA